AAUCCGAACACCAGAACACAGUUCAUUUUUUUACUCCUAGUCUCUUGGAUGUUAUCAAAGAUUUCAGUAGUUUUUAUUUACCCCAAGGAAUCGGUUCGUGUUUGAUCAGCAGUAAAGGCCCCACAACCAGGAGUUAAAGCAAUACAUUCAACUGCAAUGGAUAACUCGGCAGCCAGUGUGGUGUACUCCAAUCCUUUCUACGCUCAAAAUUACACCGGAGCCGGAGAACUUGACCAGCAGCCGCAGGAGCAGCUCCAGCAUCCGAACCCGAAUCCGAACCAGCACCAGAUGUUCCACGCCAACUAUAUGGAUCUUGAGAUGGGACCUGGCCUGAAUCCCAAUCCCAAUCCGCAACGGAGUCCCCGCAGGGCCUUCAAUGAUAUCUAUCGCUACGAGAACGGAAGCGGCGAUGCCACUGGAAAUUUGUUACUAGGUCGGAAUGGGGAACGCUUCUGCAGAGAUGAGGCAGGAGAGGAUGAUAGGGCGGCUCAGCUGGAAGGGCCCAUGUCCAUCUCACCCUCUUCUUCUCUGGUGGCCAGCACCUCAUCCUCGUGCCCCACGGGAGAGUCCCUGAACCAGGGGAUGGACAGCAACCGAAGUGACGAGCAAGUGGAUAGGGGCGACAUGACCGAAAUGGGGGAGUUUGGAGCACUUAGCCAGCUAACCGAGGAGGAGCAGCGGGAACAGCGACCGCCCUUCUCGCCCAGCAUGGGUGGCAACACCUCCUACAUGGUCUUUCCCCGCACCGCCGCCGACUACAUGCCCCGCCUGCCGCUGGCCAGGCACACCCCCUACCUGAAUGUGGGCCAGGAGCAGUACGUCAUCCAGCAGGACACGAUCUUUGUGCUGGGCAUGCGCCUGAAUGUGACCAAGAACGACAUCAUCGUGUUCUUCGGCAAGCUGGGCAUGAUCAAGACGGACGAGGCGACGAACAAACCGAAGAUAUUCGUCUACAAGAACAAGAUGACGGGGCGUUCCAAGGGGGAGGCCACCAUUACCUACACGACUCCCUUCUCGGCACAGGCGGCCAUUAGUUGUCUGAGUGGAGCCAAGUUCAUGGGUCAGACGCUGACCGUGCUGCCCGCCUAUCUGUCCACCCGGCGGGGCAGUGUGCGCUACAUCUAUCCCAAGGAGCUGAACUGCCCGGAGAACCAACGUCGCCAGCGGGCGCUGAGAUGGAAGCCGGCCAGCGACAACUGGGUGUGCAUGAUCUGCCGGAACAGCAACUUCGUGUGGCGCGCCAGCUGCAACAGGUGCCAGGCGGCCAAGUUGACCGCUGCCCAGGACAAGGGGGCAUCGAGCAAUGCCCGUCGUUGGCGGCCACAGAAGACCGAUUGGCCCUGUGGAUUCUGCUUCAACCUGAACUUCUGGUACCGCGCCAAGUGCAACCGCUGCCAUGCCCCCAAGUCCGAUGAUCCUCCAGCCUCUGGCUCCGGUUCGGAGGAGGAUACCUGGGAACUGUUGCUCAAUCCGCCCAGCCCGGAUGCUUCCCAGGAUACUCCAACCCAGCCAUAGACUCAUCCGCCUCCCAUCUGUGAGCGUUGCCGCAUCCCUUCAUAGACGUCAGCGCAUCCCAUCCACAGACGUUAUGCAUCCCAUCUGUGAACGUUGCCCCAUCCCCUUCUAGACGUUACCACAUCCCAUUUGUGUCUGUCGUAGACGUGUCCGCACCCCUUACCGUUUGUGUAUCCGCAUCUUUUUGUACGUGUCUACUGACGAACUAUAGUUCUACUUUCCUAUCCUGUGCCCCUCAAGGUCCUCUUAAAAUUGCCAGUGAUGCGUCGCGAGAUCUAUGAGCCUCAAGUACCAUCCGCGACGCCCAGAAAAAGCCCUGUAACAAAGAAGAAAACCCCCAAAAUUCCUGUUAUCGGAUCCCAAAUGGCAUUCAAAAUGCAAUACUAUACGCCGCCGCGCAGAAAGGAGCCCCUGAGAUUGUGGGACAAUGCAGCUCGCUGAAUGGUAAUCCACUUAAUCCGGGUAACUGAAUAUUUUACCCGGACACAAAAGGCAACCGGACCAAGCCACCUGGCGAGCUCUAAACGUUUAAUGAAUUUAUUUACUUUCCCGACGCCCGCAGUCACUGGCUCAUUGGCUCUGUGGAACUGCACUGAAAAUCGGAAAAUCCGUUUAUAUGAGGUCGAAAUUGUUUAAUAAAAUUUGUUUUCUUUUUAA